AUAAAAUCGGUACAUGUUCGGCCUCUUGCUCACUUUGCAACUUCAUUAGUGCCACUGAUCAGCUCUAAAUCAGAUUAAAGUUUCUUUUGUGCAAGUUAGAAAAUCUUUCAGUAAACAACAAUUCAAAAUGUGCGAAGAAGAUGUUGCCGCUCUUGUCGUUGACAACGGAUCCGGAAUGGUCAAAGCCGGAUUCGCUGGCGAUGACGCACCACGAGCAGUGUUUCCUUCAAUUGUCGGACGUCCCCGUCAUCAAGGAGUCAUGGUCGGCAUGGGCCAGAAAGACUCGUACGUCGGAGACGAGGCGCAGAGCAAGCGUGGAAUCCUGACUCUCAAAUACCCGAUUGAGCACGGAAUCGUGACCAACUGGGAUGACAUGGAGAAGAUCUGGCACCACACCUUCUAUAACGAACUCCGAGUUGCUCCAGAGGAACACCCGGUGCUCCUAACAGAAGCACCUUUGAACCCGAAGGCAAACAGGGAAAAAAUGACUCAGAUCAUGUUCGAAACCUUCAAUUCACCAGCUAUGUACGUGGCCAUCCAAGCUGUCCUGUCUCUGUAUGCCUCUGGGCGAACAACUGGAAUCGUGAUGGACUCUGGUGAUGGUGUCUCCCACACAGUGCCUAUCUACGAGGGAUACGCACUGCCUCAUGCCAUCAUCCGACUGGAUCUUGCCGGCCGAGAUCUUACAGACUACUUGAUGAAGAUCCUGACUGAGCGUGGAUACUCCUUUACCACCACUGCCGAGCGAGAAAUCGUGCGAGACAUCAAGGAGAAGCUGGCCUACACUGCCCUCGAUUUCGAACAAGAGAUGCAAACAGCUGCUUCCAGCUCCAGCCUCGAGAAGUCGUACGAGCUGCCCGACGGCCAGGUAAUCACAAUUGGCAACGAACGAUUCCGAUGCCCAGAGACCCUCUUCCAACCCGCCUUCAUCGGAAUGGAAUCUGCAGGAAUUCACGAGACAACGUACAACUCAAUCAUGAAGUGCGAUGUCGACAUCCGAAAGGAUCUCUACGCCAACACCGUGUUGUCUGGAGGUACUACAAUGUUCCCCGGAAUCGCCGACCGAAUGCAAAAGGAAAUCUCAGCCCUGGCUCCACCAACCAUGAAGAUUAAGAUCAUCGCUCCUCCCGAAAGGAAGUGCUCGGUCUGGAUCGGAGGAUCCAUCUUGGCUUCUCUGUCUACCUUCCAGCAGAUGUGGAUCUCGAAGCAGGAAUACGAUGAGUCUGGACCCUCGAUUGUGCACCGAAAAUGCUUCUAAGUUGUAACAAAAAAUGUGAUUAAUUUGUACAAUGAAAUGAACUGAUCUUGCCAUAUUGAAACUUUAAUUUAUACAAAUAAAAUUUAUGGCAAAAUAUUUAAAACAGAAGUAAAGAUUUUAUAUUUUU